UGCUGUGUAGGGGGUGUUUUCCAGCUUUAAAAAGCCAGCAGACAGACUCAGCUCUGCGUCAGAGAGAGACUUGGAGACUUUACUUAACUCCCAGCUUAACACCAACACCGGGCACUCACUCCCUCCCUCACCCACACUGCCACACGUGCCAAUGCCAGAGCUGUCACCUGUCUGCAGGACUCCGCACGGCUCCUACCCUUCAGCUUGGAGGAUACCAGGGCACCGCCAGCAGCUCCGACCACCAAGUGGAUGCCACGCACUAGUGUAGCAGCUGCCGCUCCUUGCAGUCUUCCCCUCGGUCCGCUGCUGCCAGCCCGCGCCAGAGACACUGUGGAGUUCCAGCCCUUCUUCCCAUUCAUCAUGAAGUCGGCGGAGGAAGAAAACUAUAACUAUGCAUCUUCCAAUUUAAGUGCCAGCCUAUCACUGGGUGUGAUGAACUCUUCAUUAUCAACUUCAUGCCAUGGUGUUCAGUCAUCAAACCCAAUCAUUUCCAUUAUUCCAUCAGCAAGUAAUUUAUCUGGAUAUGGAGGGAAUCCUGAGAAUGAAGCCUCUGGAUACUACUUAUCUCCGAAUGUAAGACCUAAUGGAGCACCAUUAGAAAGUCCUAGAAUUGAAAUCACUUCUUGUCUGGGGAUUCAUAGUGGCAAUAACCAGUUUUUUCAUGAAGGUGAUGUGGAAGAAUCCAUACCUAAACGAACACUUUCUACCGCUACGUUGAACUUACCAAAUGUUGACACAUAUCGAGACCCUUCUUGCUUGAGUCCAGCAAGCAGUUUGUCUUCCAGAAGCUGUAACUCAGAAGCUUCCUCUUUUGAAUCAAAUUAUUCUUAUCCAUAUACUUCCCCUCAGACCUCUCCAUGGCAGUCACCUUGUGUGUCCCCCAAAACCACUGAGCCAGAUGAAAGCUAUCACAGAAAUAUGGUGGCCUGUAAUUUGGUAAAUUCACCAAGGCAUUCCCCAUCUACAUCUCCCAGGACAAGUAUUUCAGAGGAAAAUUGGCUCACUGCUCCAAACUCACGCCCUACAUCUCCAUUCAAAAGAAAGUAUAACAUUAAUGGAAGGCAGACCUCUUACUCGCCACACCACUCGCCUACUCUAUCUCCUCACAAUUCCCCCAGAGUUAGCAUCACCGAAGAGACCUGGCUAGGGAACACUCACCAGUAUACAAAUUCGGCUAUUGUGGCAGCUAUUAAUGCUCUUACCACUGACCCCAUAGAUAUGAAUGAUGGCAUUCCAAUUAAAUCCAGGAAAACAGCACUAGAUCACACCCCAACCAUGGCUCUAAAAACAGAGCCCAUUUGUGAUGACCAUGACACUCUGUCACUAGCCACUGAUUUGCCAUCAGAAGACUUCUAUCACAUCAGGAAAACGAUGUCUUGUGAUCAAUAUUUGUCAGUACCACAGCAUCCUUAUCACUGGGCCAAACCAAAGAACAUUUCCCCAACAUCCUAUAUGAGCCCCUCUCUGCCUGCCCUUGAUUGGCAUCUGCCGUCGCAAUCUGGACCUUAUGAACUUCGCAUUGAAGUGCAGCCCAAAUCUCAUCACAGAGCUCAUUAUGAGACGGAAGGAAGCCGUGGGGCGGUGAAGGCAUCUACUGGUGGACACCCCAUUGUGCAGCUACACGGGUAUUUAGAAAGCGAGCCACUUACCAUCCAGCUGUUCAUCGGCACGGCAGAUGAUCGCCUGCUGCGACCUCAUGCCUUCUAUCAAGUCCACCGCAUCACCGGCAAGACUGUAUCCACCACAAGCCAUGAAACCAUCAUCUCCAACACCAAAGUCUUGGAAAUCCCACUGUUGCCUGAGAACAGUAUGAAAGCCAUCAUUGAUUGCGCAGGUAUAUUAAAGCUGCGCAAUUCUGACAUUGAGUUGCGGAAGGGAGAGACUGACAUUGGCAGAAAGAACACCAGGGUGCGACUGGUGUUCCGUGUACACAUUCCACAAGCCAACGGGAGGACGCUGACUCUUCAAGCGGCAUCCAAUCCAAUUGAGUGUUCCCAGCGUUCUGCUCAAGAAUUGCCUUUGGUUGAGAAGCAGAGUAUUGACAGCUUCCCAGUGAGUGGUGGGAAGAAAAUGAUUGUGACUGGGCACAACUUCCAUCAAGAUUCCAAAGUCAUAUUUGUUGAGAAAGCACCAGAUGGUCAUCAUGUAUGGGAGAUGGAAGCCAAAACAGACAAGGAAAUGUUCAAGUCUAACUCACUAGUUGUGGAAAUCCCACCAUUUCGCAAUCAAAGAAUAUCCAGCCCAGUUCAAGUCAAUUUUUACGUCUGCAAUGGGAAGAGGAAACGAAGCCAGUACCAGCAAUUCACCUAUCUGCCAGCCAAUGUUCCAAUUAUAAAAACAGAGCCCACUGAUGACUAUGAGUCAGCUCAAACCUGUGGCCCAAUGAACCAAGGAUUAACGCAACUCUCCAAGCCAUACUACAGCCAGCAGAUUUUGAUGCCCUCUGAUCCUGGUUCGUGCCUUGUGUCUGGCUUCACGUCCUGUCAGCAGAGAAACACUGUGAUGUCAUCGUCUCCAAACUCAAGCCCCAAACUCCAUGACCUUUCAUCAUCUUCUUCAUAUAACAAAUGCAUCUCGAAUCCUGGUCACUCACAGCUAGGACUUCAGCAGCCCACUGGAGGUGUCCCCAUCAUACAGGAAGUGCCACGGUCUAUAGUUGUGCACCCAAGUUCACCCGAACAGUCAUCCCACAUCAUGCUGCAGCCGCAGCCCUGCAGUCCAACUCACUCAUCAGUAAUGGGCCAACAGCAGCACCAACAACAGAAGGUUCAGAGAAAUGAAUCUCCAACCACUCAACCUCUGUCACUGCCAGAGUUGCAUGAGGACAGUAAUCAUAAUUUGGCCCCUAUUCCAGUAACCAUCAAGUGUGAGCCUGAGGAAUUGGAUCAGUUGUACUUGGAUGAUGUAAAUGAGAUCAUAAGGAAUGACUUGUCCAGCAACAAUGUUCACACAUAGCUCUGACAAUCCUGGACUUACCAGAAAGACAUCUGUCCCCUAUCUGCCCUAAAGUGAAGACUGGAUUGGACUCGUCACUUCAUAUUAUGGAGAUUCUAUGUCCUCCAAGGCAGAUGUGUUUAGUCUUCAGCAGAAUGAUCAUCUCAAGAAAAAAAAAAGAAAAAAAUGAAAUAAACAUUCUAUGUAUUAUAUGGAAUCUAACUGAAAUACUUGACAAAACUGAAGGCAGGGAACCACGACUGAUUCUUUUGGCACCACUGGAUGCCAGCAGUGCCUUAAAUGUUUAAAUUUGUGGCAUUAGAAUGAAUCACAGCUUUCUGUUUGCUACCAAAAGAAGUAUUUUCGGUGCAAUGGACUUUGAUGCAAUUGUUCAAGCUUGCUGAUCUGGGUGGAUGCAGACUUUAUUGUCAAGAAGAAAAAGGCAAAGAUUGGAUGUAUGUACAAAAGAUCCAGCAAACUCGCCUUAAUCUCUGCACCUCAAAAACAACCAAUCGAACUUUUUAUACUCUAUUUAAUCCGUAUCAUGAAAUUCAUUUGAAAUAAAAGAAUGUUUUGUUCUUAAUUUGGAAGCAGAGCACACAAAAGAUAAAAGCACAUAAAAAUCUAAUAAACAUACAUGCAUGUUAAAACUUGUUUUAAUCCCUAGAUGAUGCUUAGAUGAUGCUUAGUAGUAUAAAACAUCUGUUCCUGCCAUUGACAUAACUAGCUCAAUUUUAAGGCAUAUUGGGUUACACACAAAUUAAGCAAUGCUCCGCUUUUCUCGCCUAGCAAAUUAUCAAAGGCAGCUACAUUAAGCUAAGAUGUUGCCUGACAUAUAAUAACACCAUGCAUUGUAUUGGGUGUUAUCAUCAUGAUCACCGCCAAGUGCAGUAUAUUGUAUGCAUCAUGUUGCUCAAUCCUGAAAGCAAGCACUUUAGAUAAAAUACAAGAAGUUUCAGCAGAGUAAAAGCAACAAAACUAAGUGUAAAUUGUACAUAGUUGACUAGAAGAUUGUAAAUAUUUGUUUGGGUUUCACAAAAGCCUUAUAUCUGUAAUUCUUCUACAGUAGGAGUGGUUGACAUGUGCCUCUGCAGCUGUUGCUAAACUACACUUCCCAGAAUGCCAGGUGGCAACGCAUGCUCGGAGUUGUAAUUCAAAAACAGCUGGACAGCCACAAAUUGCCUAAAGCUGUAUACCGGGAAUGUUACCAAAAAUGGCUGACAAUACAGUGCUAUGUGAACUGUGUCCAUUUGUGUUAAUAUAAUUUGGAGUAUAGUAAAGAUAUGUAGUAUGAUCCUGUUCAUUAUCUAUUGUACAAGUAGCAGCUAAAUACUAGUGAUACAUUUUUACGACGUGUAACCAAACUCUAGCAUGGUCUAAUUGAGAAUACAAUGUAACUAAUGUUGUGCCUUAGUAAUCAAUGCCCUCUUCUGGAAAAAUGCCUGAAUUACAAGCUGAUUGAAGGUAUCUGGCUUGAAUAAAUAUAAUGCUGUGUAUCAUGUCUUACUUUUUGAAAGAAAUUAUAAAAGCCAUAUUUAAUAUUUGCACAUUACUGUGAUCAAUUGAAUGGAUAAUAUGGCAUCUCUGUACAAACCAGGCUUUUCAUUAUUGUAAUAACUAUGUUUUAACUUUUCAUGUGUAAUCAAAAGAUGUUUACCCAUUAUAUAGCACUAUAAGAUUUGCAUGAUAUAUGUAUAAUAGAUGACCAAGUAGACAGUUCAGUGCUCAGAGACUACGUAUGCUGGCUAUCCCUGAACAGUAUCAAUAAAGCAAUAUUAU